AUGGCUCGUGUUCUUCUUACAGGCGGCAGUGGCUUCAUCGCUACUCAUGGCCUUGAGAGUUUGCUCGCGCGUGGUCAUUCGGUCGUGACGACUGUGCGAUCCCAGCAAAAGGCACAGGCAAUCCUACAAGCACAUCCAGAGCUAUCAAAGAACAGGCUUGAUUGUGCUAUUGUCGCAGACAUGGCACAGGACAAUGGUAAGGGGAAAGCCCUUGCAAUCAAUUAA